AUAUGAGUUAAUGAUAAUUUUUACAUUUCUUUUAGUUUUAAUUCCCAUUAUUCUUAAUGGUUGUUUUAAUUAAUGUAAUGUAAUAUAACUAAUUACUAUACAUUCUUCCCCUCACAUAUAAAAAUAAAGAAAAUGGUCCUAAAAAUUAUUUUAAAACUAAUUACUUUUUCUUCAUGUUUCUGACAGGUUUCGUAAAACAUGGUGCAUAAGACAUGGCCCAUAAAUCGUAGAAGUAUUAACUAAUUUAGGCCGAUGCAUAUGUUUGCAUUUCUAGGCUACACCUCUUCAGUUUUCUUGCCAAUGUUUUUCUAAAGCCAACAUGAUGAUAAAUUCAGAUCCAGCCCAUGAAUUUCAGCAAUACACAAAUUGCAUUUAAAAAUAGACCUUUUAUUUACAAGCCACUGAAAACUGCAACCAUGUCUGCAGCCAAGUAUAAUGCAUUUAAUAUAUUCCACUGCAACUGUACUGAUUACUCAGCUAAAUGUAGAUGCACCCUUAGCAUGUAUUGACUCGCUGCCGUUUUAAUGGCAAAUAAAUUCUGUAUGACGGAUGCGUUCUUUUAACCUUCACACCUUUUGCUUCAUCUUGGAUGUCAGGUUUGACCAACUGGCUUUUAUUCAACAGACUCUGCUGCCAUUUAUAUGAGCGAGCCGAGGAACCCUUAGAGACAAGCUGCCAUACAAUGUCAAAGUCAUAAUUUCAGUGCAUAACUGCAUCCUUGACUGUUGGACACGAGUGUGUGUGAGUGCGUGACAGUCCUUAUCACAGUCAUCAAGGUUGGGGGGGCUGUAUCCUCUAGCACUGCACGCAUGCUAUUUAUAGACUGGCUUCAGAUUCGAACAACCUGUGCAUUGAGACAUGGAAAGAGAGAGAAGGAAAAACUUUGUAAGGUUUUGUAGUGGGAAAUUAAAAUUUGCAUGUUAACAUACACUUGCAUCACUUGUUUGCCUCUCUGUCAUAUCAGAGUGAGUCACGUCCACAAGGAAUCAAGAAAAACAGGAGCUAAUUAAAUAUAGACUCUGUUGGCCUUUGCUUGAAUGGCUUGCCACGCCUUUUACUGGAGCAAAUGAGGAUCUCCUUUAGCCACUAUUUUAGCCAAACAUUUUAGCAAAUGUUCAAUGAAACAUACAUUUUGUGCCAUAUACAAGGAUGUAACCAAAUAUAGGGGAUAAAGGUUUAGUCUACAACUAUCCACUAGCCUUAAUAUUGGGAGGAACAACUAUAUGCAUGCUUUCUGUCACACACGCCCACCCCUAUGUUGACAUCUACACACCUGAUAGGAAGGGCUUGAUGAAUGCAAGGGUUUUUAGCGCUGCUGGCUCAAUGACACUAGAAGGGUUUUACUCACACAAGAAUGAACAAAGUGCUUGGAGGGACAAUGUGAGCAUUCAGAGUUGAAGGUUAUAAUCAAGUGUAGCCAUUACUGGAAGAAAAUAUCUGGCAGUAUUCAGGAUGAUUCUGCUGACUUUUAUCUGAAUUAAAGAAUUCUUCCUCCUCAUUCUAGAAUCAGCUAUGGAUAACAAGGCAAAAACACACUCUGUGUCCAGACUCUGAUUUCAAAGGAACUGGCAGAUGCUUGCUAUGGAAUAUUUUUAGACCUCUCUGAUGUCAACUAACUUUAUUUCUUUAUUGCUUCUUUGGUUUUGUCUUUCUCUAAACCAUGCUGGAAAAACCCAAAUAAGUUAUUUAAUUGAGUGCGGACAGUGAAUGGAGAUCGUCAUUUAGCAUGCAAUGAAUUUCUCAAUUGUGUUUUAGUACAAUCUGCUUGUCAUAUAUACAUCAGGGUGUCUUAACAUGGACAUAUGUAUGAUGUUAGUAAGCUUUCCUUCAAAACUCAAAUUUGCUUUUGUGGACUUCUAAUCAGCAGUAUAUGCAGCAAGCUCUUGAAAUUAUGAAUUUAAACAAUCCUUUUUGGUGAAAAACACAAGGCAGAAAAACAAGGGCUACCAAGGACGGUGCUCAGGUGCUGCUCUUAUAGCAUACAAAAAUUUGCUUAAUUUGAACAUUUGCACCUGCUUCCUGACUAUUUCACUCCUCUCAGCUGUGGCCAAGCUUCAUCUCUCAGGAUGAGCCAGAAGUCGGACUCAGACACUGAGAGCUCCCAGGCACCGGUGAUUUAUACGGUGGAGGAACUGGAGUGCAAGAUCUGCUACAAUCGUUUUGACACACGAGCCCGCAAGCCCAAGGUGUUGAGCUGCUUGCACCGGGUCUGUGCCAAAUGUCUAAAGAAGAUGGUGGAGCUGGACUCGUCUCCGAGCAUCAUCAGCUGCCCCUUCUGUCGCCAUGAGACUCAUGUCCCUGACGAGGAGAUCUGGUUGCUUCAAGAUGACAGCAACAUUUUGGCUAUUCUGACUUACCAGGACCGGGCUCGUAAGAGUGGCACCACACCCAGUGGUGAGGUCCUUUUGACACCCAAUAGCCUAAGUGGAAGCGAGCAGGCCCACAGCUCGUCCGACUGCCUCGUCAUCACAAUCAUGGAAAUCCCUGGAGAGUCACAGUCCUCUGACUCUAUGAGCAUGUUGAACAUGGUGCGCUUGUAUAGGACGGCCAGUUUGGACUCCUUGCCUUGCCACCUGCCUGUGCAGAAGUGUCGGGCUUGGACGUCUCAUUCGGUUCCUCGCUUUCUAAUGGGUUUCCUCUGCCUGGUCUACUUCAGCUCACUGCCACUGGGGAUCUACUUGCUGAUGAUCCAGCAGCUCACGAUGGGAGUGAUCUUGGUCAGCCUGGUGCCCUCCACCUUGGUCCUUUGCGUGUUCUAUGGCUUCUGCCAAUGUCUGUGCCAUGAGAUCAUGGAGGCCAUCGCCACAUAACAACCUACGUCAGUCCUUGGGCUGAUCUUUGAACUAGCAAGACCUGUAAAAGAACAAAAGCCAAAUCACUGAUGCAUAUCUACUAAUACCAGACACCGCAUUUUUUCCGUCACACCAGAUUAUACCAGCAUCUACCAGUGAACUCCUUGUAACUCACAUCACAUUGUAUGCAGGGCCAACUGUACUUGACGUUAGCAGUUAAAGCUGGAUGUAUUGAUUUUGGACUGCAUCAGAUCGCUGUGGUUUUGUAUAAUGUCUAGCUCACCCAAUGGGUCUUCAACAACUGUGAUAUAAAUAACACGCAACAGAGAAUGAAGGCCUUCCACACUGUAAUAUGGAAACCACUGGAUGUGUUCAACAAUACUAGAUGAAUUUGUUUGUUUUGUGUUAUCUUCUGCAUAUCUGUGGUAUAAUUUCAAUCGUCUCAAUGUUCUCAUUGAAGUUCCUAGUUGCCUUUGUAAGGCAUGUCAAUGGCCAAGCUGUAAUGUAUAUGUAAAAUAAGUGAAUUUGUGUUUGUCAUUGCUAUGAGAAUGAACAAAUACUUUAAAGCCACCCAUUAGAUAUUCAAUAAAGAAUCUUCCAUAUCUAAUAGAACUCCAGAUUAUACUUACCAUACUUGAUCACUGUUUGAGUAUCCACCUUUGUCCUACGUCCCAUGAUGUUUUGCGCAAAUAAUGGGAGUAACUUCUGUUUACACUAAACAAUCAGCAAAAAGUUCGCUCUAUGAACGCAAAAAGAAAGAAAAAAACUGGGUACAAUGAGGUGACAUUAUUUGACCCAGCCUUCAACCAUUGAUCAUUAAAAGUACAAAAAUGAAAUGUAUUAAAUAAAAAAAUGUAAGUUUAAAAAGCAAAAUACUUUUAACAUUCCAUGAAUAACUCCUUAAGAUCCUCCUUCUAUCCGCAGCAAUGUUACAGAUGUGUUAAAUAUCAUUAUAGGAAAAUGUGUCUUCUUAACAAUUACAUUUAACAGCAUAUUUGUGAAAACAAACCUGGAAAGAGACACGAGGAUUUGGGAAGGAUUAUUUGUAGCGCAGACUUAUGAUUGGAAAUUAUUUGUAAAGUUUUCCUUGUUAGGAAAAAGGUGGAUAGUUCUGAAAAAGGACAAAAAACAGGAUACAUUGGAUUCUUUACAAUUGGCAUCUUAAAAUGUAAUGAAUUUAGUAAUUAAUGACUCCUAAUAUAAAAAGGAAAUACUCUCCAACAUCACAAUUUUAAGUGUGUGAAGUUGAUUAUAAUUAUGACCGCGGAAUUAUGUUAGUGCCUAUUACAGCUUUGCUGUUUUGUUAACUGAAUGAGGUAAUAUUACUGGUGUUGCUCAGGAGAUUUGACCCAUGGGUGCAUACAUGAUGCAUCAAGCGACGCACAGCCUUCAAACAAGCCCAAAUAACCACAAGGGAGUCAAUAAAGGAUCUCCAUCUGUUCCACCACAAUACCGUACCACUCUCCCUGUGGACAAUUAACUUCACAUAAACCUACUUUGCACAGCACACACAUUAUUAAACACACACUCCCACAAGCACACAUAUAUACAACAACACAUAGAAAUUCAUUAUGCAUGGAUCUCUUGAUUGAAAACAUUUUCCUCCAAACACUGCAUGCGUUUCUGAGAAAAAAGAACUUUUGACAUAAUGAUCUCCAUCCCAAGGUAUUCUGGGAGCAUGGACUGCACAGUUUGGGCCUAAUUUUAACAAGUGUCCCUUAAGACCGGCCUCUAUAAAAGCUUUGGAAAAAAGAACAUAGCUGAGCAUUCAAAUACAAGGAGGUUGGCAGAAGUGUCUCCAACGGAUGUAAUCACACUUACAAACAGGACUGUCAAAACAACUCGCAAGUUUCUAAAGGCAAUGAAACCAGACGGAUUUCUUUGAGGCUCAGUUACCAGUAAGUGACUUUUUUUCUUUUAGAAAAUUGUAGGCAUACAAAUGGGUGUAGCCUCUAAAUUUAAUAUUAUCACUUUAAAAUUAUAUUAGAAAUAAGGCAAAAUGUGUUUCAAAGUGGUACAACCGUACAUAAAAGAGAAAAAUAAUUAACCAGGAUAAUGAAGGUGGCAAAUAACUUGUGUUUAAGCAAAAUAAAUGGUUAUGGUUUAUUAAUUUAAUUAGAUCGAGAGAAAAAACAAGAUUAAACAUUUUCCCAUCAUCUAGUUAAGACAAAAUCUACGCCAUAUAUAAUUUCAAAUAUUUUAGUUCAGAAUAGGCCAGACCAAUUCUGAUAUUGAGACCAACAAUAACUCUUCAAUAUUCUGCAAAGUUUAGGUCGUUCACCACAUGAGUGGUAAUGAAUCACUGGCGGCAGUCGGUGGUGGAAAUCCAAACCAGAAAGAGGCAGGUGAAUGAAUGCGAGCGGGCACAGGCCGCCCUGAGCAAAGUGACAGCCUGCUUCCAGCAAAUGGCCAACUUCUUGGGGAGCAACAUGGAUAGGAGCUUCCUUAGAGAGGAGCUGGAAGAAACCAGGACAGCAGCUCAUAAAAUAUGCUCAGGUAAGACUGGACAAGAACAAACAGAAGACAAGCAAGAAACAGUUUGCCAAUGAUAGUGGUGCAGAAAUUUUCAGUUGCCCUUUUAUUAUUUUUCUGCACUGCAAAAACUAGUGGCUGGUCAUAUUAAAUUACGCCACAUUCAAACUGUUGAGACUUGACUUGAUCGACUCAUGUUUCAGGGCUUCACCGGAGGCUGCUAAGUCUGCUGACAGAAAUGGAGCAAGGACAAGAGGACAAAGAACAGGCUGAACGACUUUGGGUGAUCUUCUUGUCCAGUUUGGAAAACUUCCAGCAGGACCUACAGAAGGUCAAAGUCUUGCGAGAGUUAUUCCCUCUGAUCUAGCACAAAGAACGACAAGCCCUCAUCAACGCAGGUUAUGUGGGUGGAACUUCGGAAAUGGCAGCUCGGGCAGCCAUAGUGCAAACACCAUGGUUAUCAGUAGAGGAGACUGCAAGCCCAGACCUGAAGCAGCACAUAAUGGAGAUUGAUGUUCAGCUUGAAGAAAUGUUUCAAAGAGUUAAUAUUCCACUGUGGUCUAUUGAACCCACACAAAAAGCCUGGGUAGAAGGCAUUUCGACCCAAGAAAGUAGGCAAGAAGAGGAUGAAAGCUUAGAAGACAUCAUGGAAGUGGAGUCUCAAAAUAAUACAUUAGGUUGUUGCAAUCACCACAACUGCAAAGUAGGCUGUCUACUAUGUCUGCUUAGCCAAGUUCUGACACUAAGUUAAAGACAAGUUUUGAAAUUGAGACAAUCUACAAUAACUUUUGUCCAAUAACAUUGGUUACGAUAGUUUACCAUAAUACUCUAAAAACCUUAAAACACAACAUUAUUGGCUGAUCAGUUGUGCACUACAAUGCUUUUAUAUUAUAUAUCAAAAAGAGAAAGAAAACAAAUCCCUAACACUGUGCAAGAUUAGUUUUCUUUAUCCUAUAGUUUUGAUCUUUUUGGUCCGUCUCCUACGCACCCAUCAAUUGUCAUCAGGUGUGCAGAGAUUGAUUGUUCAUAUACGAUUUCAAAAGUGAAAUAAAAUUCAUUCUGGUCGUAUUUUCCCUCCCUUUACUCCAAUAAUUAGCAAAAACUCAAUUCAAUCAGCAUUUUAUUUAGGACAACAUUGAAAAAUAUACACAGAAACCCAAUACAGAAAAUUUACAUU